ACUGCAGUCAUUGGACUAUAGAGCACAGUAGGAACCAGUAUAAUAAGCUGUGUCAGUCCUCAAGGGCUAGAGAACCACAGCGUCAACAGGCACCUGGCAGUGACAUAACUGGGCACUGUGCCUUACUGGACUGCAGAAGCUUUCAGUGCAGAGAGAGGACAAACCCCACUGGAAAGGAACUCUGCCACAGCUCAGCACAGAACUGGUUCCCAUGAGGCAAACUGACCUGAAGAUCAUUAUAUUGGGAUCACUAGGGGUGGGAAAAACCUCCAUCUUGCACCGGUACAUACACAACAUCUUCUAUGAGGACUAUCGUUGCACUCUGGGAGCCAAUAUCCAACAGAAGGGCAUGAGUGUGAAUGGCCAGGCUGUUAGGUUGCAGGUCUGGGAUACUGGAGCACAGGAAAGGUUCCGCUCGAUGGUCUCGCUUUUCUACAGGGGGCUGGAUGGCUGCAUCCUGACCUUUGACCUCACAGACCGGGACACCUUCACAGAGCUGGACAGCUGGAGGCAGAGCAUUCUGGAGCAGAGCCAGGCAGCAGAUUCUAGCUUACCAUUCAUUGUUCUGGGCAACAAAGCAGAUGUUAAGGACAGACAGGUGAGUCGAGCAGAGGCUGAGGCCUGGUGUGACGAGAGGAACCUGACCUAUUUCGAGGUGAGCGCAAAGGAGAGCAUCAAUGUGGAGAAGGCCUUCGCUACAGCAGCCAGCUAUGCCCUCUGCUGGCACAAAGAGAAGCUUGUGAGCAACCUGACAGACUCCAUCAAACUGAAGGAGGACAACAAAGGGCGGAAGACCUGCUGCGCGUAGAAGGUUAAUUCCAUAAGACGAUUAGUGCAGAUGGAACCUAGAGAGUCUCAAGUUCAUUUACAGUAGAGCCAGAGACUUUGUCCCACUAGUUAAACAGUAUUUCCCUUUUAAUGACGCCCAUUUAAAUGUGGUUCAAUUUCCAUAUUUUAUUCUGUUGAUAUUAUUAUUUGUGUAUUGUUUGAUGUUAUGUGUAAUGUCUCGUGUUAUAGUAUACCAUUAGUCAGAAAUAAUGCUUGUCUUUUAUACAAUGCACAAGUGUACAGAAGAUAAGAAGAAGAUAAUGAAUAU